AUGGGAUGUUGUUGCUCGAAACGUUAUUUUGAAGAGGAAAAUGGAACAAUAGGUUACCGUCUUAUCAAUGGUAGACGAUAUCAUACUCUUUCAGAAUCAGCAUAUUUUGGUGCAAAUGAUGAUGAAGAGGCUUAUCGUUUAAGCAGAUAUCAUGAUGCAAUAAAGGAAAUUUGGGGAGGACUGUUUAAUUCACCUGUUGAAGAGAAGCUGAGCAACGGAGCUCGUGUCAUUGAUAUUGGAUGCGGAUCUGGAAUUUGGAUUUUGGAUAUGGCACAGCGAUAUCCUAAAUCAAAGUUCGUAGGAAUAGACAUAUCACCAAUUCUUCCAACAGAAAAUCUUCCUCCAAAUGUGAAGUUUAUUCAAUACAAUGUGUUGGAUGGAAUACCCUGUGAGGAUUCGUCUUUCGAUUUAGUUCAUCAAAAAUUCUUGGUCGGUGCUUAUACAGAAUCACAAUGGGAAGAGAAAGUUAUUCCAGAAAUUAUAAGGUUAGCUCGACCAGAUGGAUGGAUCGAGCUCCUAGAAGGUGAUAUUAUUAUAUCUAAUGGAAGCGUUACACAGAGAGUUGCAAGAGCUCUCCAUGAUUUCAUGAAAUCGAGGGGAUUGUACGCUAAUAUUGGAAAAGAAGUUCCUCGCAUGCUCGAACGCACAAAUGCGUUUUCAGAAAUCAGAAAUCAACAUAAAAUUAUAAAACUUGGUAAAAAACAUGGUAAAUCUUCGGAAGAGACUCUUAGAUUCUUUACUAGUGGUCUCACCUCUUCUAGAGCUGGUUUAUCAGCUUGGAUGAAUGUAAUACCCGAACAUUAUGAUGCUCUUGUAGAAACGGUAUCUAUUGAGGCAGAAAAAUAUUCUACUCAAUUUGAUCAAUAUCGUGUUUGCGCUCAUAAGAAAAUUUAA